AUGGCUACUGCCACUCUACCACAGCAGGCGCCACAGUCGCAGCAAGAACGCGACAGAAACAUGGCGGAGAACAAACAGCAGGCAGGACAGAUCAUGCAGAAGAUGCAAAGUCACAUCGCCAGCUUGCAAGAGCAGCCAUUGCGCUUGUCGUCUUUGAUGAACAUUAACCUGCCCUUGCACUGCACCGAUGACACAUUGGAGGCAGUGGCAGCUUUGUGGAACAUCGACAAAGAUCACGACUUGCGCAAGACCUUGCGGGGGGUUCGCCGCUGGGCGAUGAACCUGCAGAACAUGCCAGGGAGUGAGGACACCUUCAGCAACAUGGUGAAGCAAGUCUUCAAGAUGCUGUCGACGCAAUUCCACAAGCCCGAGAUGAUGCAAACGCCACCAGACUGUGUGUCUGUUUUGCACGUGGUGACUGAAGUUCUGCUGUGCACUCUGGACUAUUUGGGCACAACUCCGCCCUUCAAGAAGCUGUUGUCGGACACCCUGGUGACACGUUUGGACGACAUGGAAUCCAACGGCUAUCUGCAACUGGAUGUUGUGGCCGGCAUCCUUCGAUACCGCUUGGUGCAAGUUGCUGAAAUUGACAGGAUGAUGUCCCGCUGGAUGGAUGGCCGACGACCGGGACCUGGAGGUCAGACGCAGGUCAAUGUGCCGGCUGCAGACUUCGUGAUCCUGGUCUUGCAGCGCUGUUGUUUGGAACACCGAACCCAUUUCGGCAAAGACUUCCAGAAAUGUGGAGAGAUCAUCACCAAGCAAGCAGAGCGUCGCCGGAGACUGAAUCAGCAGCAGCAACAGGCGAUGUCGUCUCAGGAGCUUCAACUGCUGACCCAAGCAGAUAUUUUCGUGGAGAAACUCAAUGCACAGACGUCGCAGGGAGAGGAAGACUACAUGCCCCUGGCCAAUCGGCAGCCGCGUUUGAUGGUCACGGCCGUCUGGCAGCAGAAAGAAACCGAAGAGAACAAACAGAAGGCACAGUUUGAUGCAGAUACUGUGUCUAAGCAACUUCAUGAAUGGCACUCGCUUGUGCAGGCUGACGGGCAACACCCUCCAUCCCUGGACCACAUGGGCCAUACCCAGAAUCGGCAAGUGGGAGGGCUCUUGCAGAAAAUCAUCGGCAUGUUGUUCAGUCCGAACCACUCCAGCGAGGAAACCGUGGAGCUUUUCUUCAGAUAUGGUGUGGAGUACACUGUGAAGUACGCUCAGCAGAAGUUGGAGGAAGCCGAGCAGGCCCCGGGUCACAAAGGGCCGUCGGAUUUCGGAUUUGUGGAUUCCUUCAGCUAUUUGGUCGUCUCCUUACUGAAGAAGCCUAGUGAAGCUCUGGGCCGUUUCAUCGAUUGGCCCAUCAAUCUCACCACGCAGGCCGUUGGGAUCCUGAAAUGUGCGCUGCAAGCCAUUCACAAGGCCUUGGCUGCCACGGCCAAAGCGCAGGAAACCAGGUUCAACCAACGUGUUUGGCACCGCAUUCUCAUGAACAUCCUCCUUGACACUGCCCAUUGCCCAACGCCGGAGGCCUCGAGGCCCACAGACCUCAGUCAGCAGUACAAUUGGAAGAUCUUGCAGCUGAUCUCGGACACUUUCCUGGCCUUGAACCCCAUGCGGGUGCCGGCCUUUUGCUUCAGUUGGUUGGACCUCAUCAGCCACAAGCAGUUCAUGACGGGGAGCCCGGCGCGACAAUGA